AAUAAAACUGACAGUUAUUCCCUCUAACGACGUUGAAGUUAACCAGACGGUGACAUUGAGAUGUGAGUUAGAUCCAAAUCCAACUCCACCAAUCAUCGUGUCGUUUGAAAAUAACUUCACAGAAAAGUUGUGUUUUUUAGAACACAGUAAUGGAAAGUGUAUAACUACACCGGAUAGUUGUGUGACUGACUACAAUGCUUCCUGUCACAAUGAAACACUAUAUAGUCUACAGGUCUCUGUCCCCUGGAAGUGGAAUGGAGCAUCUAUUUACUGCCAAACUCAGUUUUCCAAAAGUAAAUUAGUCGUCUUUUCUGUAAAAGUACCAGUGACAUCAGUAAUACUGACUCCGACACCGAUUAUUGCUCUUGUUGGGCAACAGAUAAAUAUAACUUGUACAACGUCAUACUGUUAUCCUCCAGCUUACGUCACGUGGUACAUGUCAUCAACAGACAUUACCAGUCUCUCAAUAGCUACAAAAGACGAAACGGAAGAUUUUGUGAGAACUGUAUCAUUCUUGUCAAUCAAUCUUGGUAAAUCGGACAAUGGAAAACAUGUGUUUUGUAUAGCCCACAACAUACGAGAUCAAAGUGAAACCUCAAUGAUGAAUACAGUGACAGUCUUGUUUAAACCAGAGGUGACAUCAUAUUCACUAAAUCCAUACAUAGUUAUUGAGGGACACAGAGCUACACUAAAGUGUGCCAUGAUUGCUGCAAACCCUAACACAAGUAUCAUAUGGAGAUGGUCCAGAACAGAUUGGCCUAAUGAUGUCCUUUAUUAUGGACCAAACUAUACAAUACCUAACAUACAGAGGAACAGGUCUGGAUCAUACAACUGUACAGCUAGCAAUUCAAUAGGGACGUCUGAACCAUUUAUAAUUAACGUAGAUGUACAAUAUAAACCAGAGGUGAUAUCAAAUUUACCAAGUCAGUACAAGGUUAUAGAAGGAAACACCGUUACACUGGAGUGUAUACUGAUUGGUGCCAACCCAAACACUAAUAUCAUAUGGAGAUGGUUUAGAACGGAGUAUCCUAAUAAUAUCCUUUAUAAUGGACCAAUCUAUACAAUAUUCAACAUACAAAGGGAUAUGUCUGGACCAUACAGCUGUACAGCCAGCAACUCUGUGGGAACAUCUAAAGUAGUUACAAUAUACGUCGAUGUACUGUACAAGCCGAAGAUAGCCGAUACACCAACCACCAUAGUAAAUGAGAGUGAUAUAGCCAUACUUAGUAGGGAAAUCGUCAGUAAUCCUUUAUCAAAUGUAUCGUGGUAUGAUGGAUCGGUGUUGUUGAUGAGCAUCCAGACGACAGUGACGACAGCUACAUAUAUUAUAGAGAAAGCCACAUGUACAGAUACACAGAAUUUUACCCUUAUUGCUAGUAACACAGUGGAGAGAAACGUGUCGGCGUUGGUGGAAUUAAUAGUUCAUUGUAAGUAG